CAUAAAUAGCAACAACAACAAUAUUAUGUCAAUAACGAAACCUUGAGUCCCAGAAAAUCUGCGCCACUGCGGCAAUUGUGUCAUUUCAGUUGCAUCAAGGCCAGCUGGCAGCUGCGUUGUCGCUGCCGUUUUCAUUCCGAAACUGUUUCCACCGUCGAUGCUGCAAUGAACGAUAUCAGCAAUAUUUACUACGGACCACUGCCACCGGAUUCGCCCUACGUGAAGCCUUUCCGGUUCCACUACACCCAAAAUGGGAAGGAAAAAUCCUGGGAUUUGCUGAAGGUGCACGAUUCGGUGUCGAUUGUGAUACUCAAUACCUCCCGACAGAAGCUGGUGUUUGUCAGGCAGUUCCGGCCAGCUGUUUACCAUGGGCUGGUUUGUGCGGAAGCGGGUGACGAUGGGCGGAGCAUCGAUAUGAAAAAGUACCCUCCAAGCUUGGCUGUGACUCUCGAGCUGUGCGCUGGCAUUGUGGACAAACCGAUCCCCUUGAUCGAGAUUGCAAGGGAGGAAAUUCUGGAGGAGUGCGGCUAUGAUGUUCCGGUGGAGCGGAUCGAAGAGGUGAUAAGCUACCGGUCGGGGGUGGGAACAUCGGGAUCGUUGCAAACGCUGUUCUACGUGGAAGUCACCGACGGCGACAAAGUGCCUUCCGGCGGGGGUGGAGUGGACGAUGAGAUAAUUGAAGUGGCUGAGUAUAGUGUCGAGGAGGCCCGGAAGCUUUUGCAAAAAGGGAACGUUCUAACCAGUCCACCUUCGUUCCUGUUCGGAGUGCUCUGGUUUCUCACCAACCGAGUUCAUGCGAAUUCGCCCCAACAGUAGUGAAAGGUAAGAGACAAGGCAAUUAUCUUCAGAUAUAAGAAAGGUAUAAUAAUACAAAUAUUUAUCGAUGGUCUAAUAUAAUUAAAAAUUAUAAUAUUUCACGGCGGGGUAACAUUAUGUUGAUCCAAAAUAAACAGAAUAACUAUGAAACCACAAACUAAUUUAUCCCUUCAAGAUGUUCGUGUCCUGAGCGAUCCGACAGGAGUCCUUGGGCCACGUCCACUUGACAGG